AUGGAGGCUAUUUUGGAUGCCCAAGGUUUAUGGGAAUCCAUUGAACCACCUGUUGGUAUGGCGGUUGAUGAGAAAAAGAACAAGUCGGCAAAUGCGUUCAUCUUUCAGGCACUACUGGAGGAUAUUCUUCACCAAGUAUCGAAGAAGAAGACUGCAAGGGAGGUCUGGGACUCCCUAAAAACUCGAUAUAUUGGAGCAGAAAGGGUGCAAAAGGCAAGGAUACAUACACUUAAAAGUGAAUUCGAGGCACUUCGUAUGAAAGAUGAAGAAACUAUCGAUGAAUUCACCGGGAAAUCGAGUGGGAUGGUAUCAAUGUACAACAGCCUCGGGCCAACACUCGAAGACAGGGUUCUUGUCAGAAAGUUACUUGAUUUAGUGUCGGAUAAAUUCCUGCAAUUGGUGGCCUCCAUAGAACAAUAUUCAGACGUGGAUUCUAUGCCUUUUGAGGAAGCCAUUGGACGUCUCAAGGCGUAUGAGGAUAGAUUGCGCCUUCGAGGUGGCAAUGCUAAUGGCGAAAGUAGUCUUCUACUUACCAAGACGGAGGGUCGAACAACUCAAAGGGCUGUUGGUUCAAGUUCCUUUUCAAGUGGAAGAGGACGGGGAUCGGGUGAUAAAGGUGGAGGACGAGGUGGUCGUGAUAGAGGUCGUGGUAGAGGCGGUCGCGGUGGUUAA